AUGAGCGAAAAGGAGGUAAGCGCCCUGCCCGACGAGGUGAAGGAUCUGCUGGAGUGUCUAAAAGAGGGAAAUCCAAAAUUCCAGCAAUAUCUAGUGCAGCUGAAGGAGUACCUACAAAUCGAUCGAAUAAAAAACACCAACACCUUAGUGGAGUACAUUCUGAAGAACAUACAUGCGCGUGAUUUUCAGAGAAACGCAUGCUACUUCUUACCAGAUGUAGUAGUAUACAUUCAAGGUGUAAAUAAAAUUCCGAAAAAAGAUGAGCUGGAUUGUGUAGAUACAGGAAUCACCUUGCAUAAACAUGAAGGGAGUGAAAAAUGUGUCAACGAGAAUUAUGAGGAGGUGUAUCCUCAGUUUAGAAUACCAAUUCAGGAUGAAAAGUUAAGAAGAUUUAACACCAAGGAUUACAGAAAGGAUCUCAUAAGGACAUGCACGAAGAAUGUAAAUUAUAUGGAAAUGAUGUAUGUCCUGAGUAAGAACGUAUCCCCAAGAAAUGGUUACAACCUAUUCAACAACAUUUUGCAUAACUCCGAAAUCAGUUAUCGGUAUAAAUUGCUAUCAUUAGAAUACUUUGCCCAUGUGGUCAAUAAAAUAGCGUUAGAAAGAGCAAAAUAUAUCGCGCAAAUACUUCCCCUAGUUUUGGGAAAAUUCUACAGCAUAGAAGGAAAACCAUACUACAACGACAAUGUUACCAGUAUGGACGUGCUAAUUUCUAUGUGUAAAUUUUCUAAUGUCCUCUGUGAUGAAUCGAUCAGAACGCAGGAAGAUGACAAGCAGGAUGUGGCUCUACACUCCAUCAUAGCCUUUAUUAUGAAAAUAAUAAGCUACCACAAUGCAGAAUUACCAAUAAAUAAAAAUAUAGAAAAAAUGAUAACAUACAUGCACUACGACCAUUUGGAGUAUGAAAAAUGUGUUGAGAUUUAUUCCAUAUUAUCCUCCAAUUUGUACCACGAUAGGAAAGAAAAAAUGGUGAAGGAUUGUUUGUCAGGUCUCGUAUGGAGACUAAGCAUAAUUAACUCAAAUAUUCCACGUCUUUUAGAAAAUGUUAAUAUAUUAAUGCCAAAUGCUAAAGCAUGUGCUUUGGAAAAUUCUACCCUAGAAAUUUCCAUUCUCUGCUAUCUCAUAUUUGUAGAACAAAUAAACGAAUCCUGCUUCCCCAAAAUUUACUCAGAGUUGUAUCUUUUCAAUUUGAUGAUUCGAAAUAGCUACAAUUUACUUUUGUGCAUUCCCCAGGCAGAGGAGGAGGUGAAACAUAAUUUGCUAAUAAAGGCUUAUCACCUUAUUUGCCUUUCUGCCGUCCUAUCCAACAUUAUUAAAAAGAGAGACGAAGCAGUCUUCUCCAAUAUUUACAACUUCAGAUGGAGGCCCUUGGAAUUUUUAAAAACCAUACAUCGCACUAUUCAUGAUAAUAGGACUUUCAAAAUGUACUCCAAAAGUGUAUACAAUGCUGUGUGUAUCAUCAUGAGGAAUUUCAAAUGGGAUAUUCUAUAUUCACUCUAUUACAAGCUGCUUAAUGAGUCCCUUCCGGAUAACGUCAGGAGUUUAAUUGCUUCCUUCUUAAAGGAUGAAAUGCACAAACAAAUGGUGCACCUUGUCAAAAAAGCGGAAGCGAUAAAACAGGAAUUUCACAAAAAUGAAGACUUUGAAAAGGUGCUGAACGAAGCUAUCAAAACGGAGAGAAAUAAAUCAUCAACUCAGGUUACACCUCCAGCAGAUAAUGCAGAACUAGCCAAAAUGAGAAACGUGGCUGAGGAAAUAAAUAAAUUGGGGACACAAGUAAAGAAUAUUAUCUACAUCCUAAUGAGUGAAGAAUCUGUACUACUCAAUGUUGACGCCAUCACCGUCGUGCUGAACAUCAUCAAGAUGAUUUUGUUGAAUAAAAAUUUAAAACCCUUUUACAAUAUUAUUGUAAAUUUUGAACAACCCUCUGCCUGUUUUGUGCAAAGCAAAGUUAAACAUUUUUACAACCAAAUUAAAGUGGAGAAGGCUAUCCUGGAUAGGGAAAAGAAGGACGACGCCAAUUCGAUUUUUUGCACCAACAUGAAUGGAUAUUCACAUGGUCACGGGGCUGAGCAGACAAGAGGGGUGACAUACCAGCACACCGAUGUUACCAUGAAUGAGCUGGACAUCGUCCUUAUGCUUCUGGGGGAUGUUGAGGAGUGCGUCGACAGGAUCAGGGCAUCGCAGGGGUGA